CGCAUUCCAGCGGACACAGGUUCCGAACGGUCUCUUAGGUUUCUGGAACGUGCUGCGAUUGCGAUCUCGCACAGAGCACGUCUGUCGUAUUCUGCCAGCAAACCGCUCGUGCCUUGUCCUUUAGUUUCGGUAACGUUCCGCGAGUUUUACUAAGGUGUGACGUCUGCUCUGCGUUAUUAUUGGACGGCACGAUCAUGCUUAAGACGUGAAGAGGCGCCGUCAACGCCCGGACACAGGUGAAGCGAAGGCGCGGUGACUGACUGGGAGACGCGCGCGGGCACAUGAUGAUGGACUUCCUGUCGCUGUUCGCCCUCUACGUGCUCUGCGUGCUCACCUGCAUGGCUCUGGUGUGCCGGUGGUCCCACGGCGCGCAGACCCCGCUGGAGAAGAGUGUUACCUUCGUCUCCCAGAGAUUCUCAUCUUGUGCUCCCCGAUGGCUUCAGAGGCUCUUCUACAAGUUUCUACACCGCCUGUUUCAUCAAAGGACCAGACUGUUCCUGUACCUGCACCUGCUGUUGGAGUGUGCAGUAUAUGCAGAGUUUGCAUAUGAGGUGUUUGGCUACUGCAGGGAGAUGGACACUCAGCUGUCCAGCCUUAUUGUGCCUUAUGUGCUACUUGCUGUUCAGUCCUGCUUCUUCUAUCUGUGCUGCUACAGAGACCCUGGUACAGUUACAAAAGACAACCAUGCCUCACAGGUUCGGGUGUAUCUGUAUGACAGGAGGCUCUUCCAGCCGGGGGUCAGCUGUUCAACGUGUCUGCUGGUGAAACCUGCAAGGUCUAAGCACUGCCGCGUAUGCAACAGAUGCGUUCAACGAUUCGACCAUCACUGUGUCUGGGUUAACAACUGCAUUGGAGCCCAGAACUACAGAUACUUCCUUUUGUAUCUGCUGCUUACCUGUGCUAUGGCAGGAGACAUCGCAGUACUCACAGCAGACAUGCUGUUUCACGUUGUGCUGCAAGCAGACCUCCUGCACGCUCGCUACAUCGACCACAAUGGGGAGCAGCAGCCAGCUGGGCCACGCUUCAUUAUUCAGCACCUCUUCUUGACGUUUCCCAGGAUUGUCUUCAUGCUCGGCUUCCUUGUUUUCGUCUUCGUGCUGCUGGCUGGAUAUGCCUUGUUCCACUUGUACUUAGCUGUGGUUAACCAGACAUCCAAUGAAUGGUACAAGGGCAGAGCUUGGGGCUGUGAGCACUGUUAUGGCAUAGCUGGGCACCAGUGCUCCCUAUCAUCUGUUACAGCCAGCAGCUUCUAUAAUAGAGGCAUCCUCAGGAACCUGUGGGAGAUCUUUCACCCAUUCACUGCCAGUGUGAAGAAAAAUAAAUAGCCUGGCCUUUACCUCAGGGACAGUAACUUUGACAAGUGUGCACCACACUGUUGUGGAUGUAUUAUAUGCAAUGCCAGUGUCCACAGGUGCUAUGAUCUGAAUCUAACAAAUUAAUUUUUGUUCCUUUCAUGUAUGAUGCAGGGUUGUUUGACACUGUUUGUAUAUUGUAUUAAUUUGUUGGAAUUCCAAUAUUUUUAUCAUCAGAAUCAUUUUAAAUUACAUCACCACAACGAAGAGGUGGUGUGGGGGUGCAGCGGGUUUGGCAAC